CCCCGCUCAUAUCGUAGAGGGAGGUCCAUGCUGUUCUCUCCUUCGCUCUGAAGGGAACGUCUGAAACCUUCAAUUUGGCCCCUGAGGCAAGUUUCUCCCAGAUCGAAGUUUGUUACUUAAUGACAUCAUGCAUUACUUGAUGUUCGGCUGUUCCCUGCUGGUGCUGGUGAACCUCUCGGGCAGUAAAGCAAAUUUUCAGGUACUGCAGAAGCCCAGGUUUUAUGGCGUUAAACCAGGAAAGACAGUGAGCAUUCUCUGCUCCAUUUCUGACACCAGCCAAAACCCAGUGGUGGCAAAAUGGUACAAGGCCAAGGCACAUAAAAAUGAAAAGAAACCAUACAUGAGCUCUGAAGCCAGAAACAUGUCAUUAAAAAUCAGCAAUGUACAGCUGGAGGACAGUGGCAUUUACUUCUGCGAGGUGAUGAACAUUGUUGGACAUGGAACAGAACUGCAAGUGUUGAGAUACAGCAAUUCCAAAAAAGCUGAACAGAGGAGCAAGAUGAAAGAUUUUGUCAUUUUCCUCCAGACUUUUCUCCUCGUGCUGUGUAUAGUUCUUCCCUUGGUUUGGCAUUACAGACUGGGGAAGAAGGAGGAGGCCGUGUAUGAAGAACCUGAACGUGACCACACUUAUGAGGGUUUGGAGAUCGAACACUGUGGUGGUGAUCUGUAUGAAGACAUUCGUCCUUACUGUCAGGAGUCUCAGGGCCCAGAGGCAGCGUGGGAGGUCGGGCACCCUGGAGUCGAGCCCCCUGACGUGGAGCCCUCUGAAGACAAGCCCCCUCAAAUUGAGUCUCCGGAACAGGAGUGAUCGAGCUUCACACAAAGACAUGCAGGGAAAACAGUGCUGCGCUGAAUGUCCUCGAUCCAGAUGUGUGAAUCAAAUAUCACAUCAGCACGUUUACGACAAAAUACUGAUUUAACUGAUUUAUUUUUUUCAUGUGGAAAUGAUGCACACAUUUGAACCAAGUACAUUUAAUGCAGCACUUUUCCAAUGUGGAAGGUGUCAUAUAGUGCAUAAUAAUAAUAAUAAUAAUAAUAAUGAUAAUAAUAAUAAUAAUAAUGAUGAUAAAUGAGAAUGACAUAGCCACAUUGUUAUUAAUAAUCAUUUGUAAUACCUAUGAGUGACAUAGCCACAAACUGAGCAAAAUCCACCUGAAUGUACUCGGUCUGAGUGGAUUCCACUGGAGAGUAAGGAAUUUCCUUUUUAAAGCCCCUUUUUAACCCCGUCUGUAUGUUUUAACCCCGUCCUAAGUGUCUGUAUGUGGCUCCAUAACUCGGUUCCUCGCUCUCAUAACUACAGAACAACACGUUUUUAGGUUAAAGUCAGUGUGAAAGGGAAAUCAUAACUCAUAACUAAGUCUCUGAGCUAGCCGAGCGCUCUCUCGAUGGUAGGUGGUGGGGGUGAGAGGGGUGAGAGGAGGUGAAACAUUUUUUUUGUUAAUGUUAUUUUUUUCCACCCACUGGUGACGUCAUGAAAACAUCAGAAGUUGUUUAACCGCGAAAGUUGAUAGAAGAUUACAGGAAAACAUGAAUUUAGUCUCCAUAAUGAUACAAUAUGAUGAAUCAUACUUAAUAUGAACACAAGGUAGGUGUUUCUAAUAAAGUGGCCAGUGAGUGAAAGUACAAGGUAGGUGUUUCUAAUAAACUGGCCAGUGAGUGGAAGCACAAGGUAGGUG